CUGCUUCUGCUUGUUGAUUUUCUUGUUGUUUGUUUUCGUUUUAAGUCAUCUUCUUGUUAUUAUCUUGAACUCAAAUCACCUUAACAGAAUCAAUACAUCUCACGUGCUGUGUUAAAACUCCAGUGAUUUACUUUGAUAUUUCUCCCUUUAUCUUUCCAGACUCUGAUCAUCUUAAAUCAUGGAAGUAGUUUCAGAUGAAGACAAUGCAAGCGAAAAUCACAAGAUUACUCUGAUGGAUUUGCCAGAGACUGUUUUGCUGCACAUCUUGAGCUAUUUUGACCACAGCUUCUUACGAUUUGUAGCACCCAAAGUGAGCAUUGCCUUCAGGCACUUGUCACGCUCGCAAUCACUUUGGUCACAAGCUACCCUAACAUUCACAAGCCAGGACACCUGGGAGGAAAGCAUCAGUGAAAAAUUUAUCAAGCAACUCAAAGUGACGCCAUAUCUUAGACAUUUAAAUGUGUCAUAUGUGGAUGACAUGCCUGAGGUGGAAUCGGCUUUAGUAGCUACUCGAUGCAGAAUUCAAAGACUGUCUCUGCAUGUAGAGCAAUACAAUCCUCAAUGGAUAUUAAUGCUUAAAAGACAUCCAGAAAUCAAAGAACUUGAACUAACUGACAAUGCAGUGGAUAACGAAUCUUCCGCAGGUUUGGCUUUAGUUGUUGGCACUAUGGUUCCCCGACUUGUUUACUUACACCUUAGCCAGUCACGUCUCUUACGGAUGCCAGUAACAGGACUUCUCCUGUCAUCAGCCUCUCACCAAGGUGAAAUUCCCAUCAAUAAGUGCUCUGAGUGGGCCCCGUCCGACCAAGCCAGCCACCGCCCGGCAGGGAGCGAGCCCCCCGUGAGCGACGUGGAGGCUAUGGACGUGGACGACGGCCUGGACCUCGAGGAGGAGGGUGAGAAGGCCCUGCGCCAGUCCCAGCGCGGGCUGCAGCGCCUGACGUACCUGCCGUUCGAUUCGGUGUUGCUCGGUGCGAACGAGGAGUGGGAGGAGGCGGACGUCGUGUACUCGGCCGGGGCCGCUGCGUCCCUGGCCGCCCUCAUCCUGGGGAACUGCAACUCACUGCUGGACGUGCAGGUCGACUUGCCGCGCCAGGAGGUGUACCAGGCGCUGGCCAAGUGCACCCGCCUCAAGAAACUGUCGGUGAAGUGCGACGUCCGCGCCGAGGGCGUGCGCGCCAUGCUGGAGGCCAUGGCUCAGACGGGCAUGCGCACCCUGGUGUCGCUGCGCCUGGUCGCGCCGACCACGCUGGAGGCCAAGGACCUUUCGGACCUGGUGCAGACCCUGGGCCGGCUCGAGGCCCGCCUGGACGCCCUGGAGCUGGUGGGCGCCGCCUCGUGCAGCGCGGCCACGCCGCUCACGUUCCCGGGCUUCUCGCCGUUCUCCGGGCUGCUGCUGGACUCGCCGGGGCGCAGCGAGCCGCCCUGCCUGCGCGUGCUCCGCCUGGACGACAUGGCGCCCGUGGGGCGGCUGGAGGUGGCGCAGCUGGCGCACCUGGUGCGCACCUCGGAGGCGCGGCCCGUCGCGCCCCGCCUCUCGCUGCGGCGCCUCGAGCUGGCGGACUGCGUGUGCAGCCAGGACCGCCUGUUCCAGGACUGCCGGGACCGCGCCGAGGAGGUGCUCAAGCGGGCGGUGCCCGACCUCGAGAUGGUCGUGUCCAACCGCUGGCUCGGCUACGACGACCGUUUCGACGUCGGCUUCAUGCCCCUCAACACCUGCGACUGCGAGAGGCGCGCCCCGCGGCCGCCGCCGCCGCCCGACCAGCGCAGGGGGAAGGCGCGCCAGGCCAGGGGGAAGACCGGCGGGCGCUAGCGGCAGUGCGCCAGUGACCUCUCCUCAUGGGGACAGCCAAUCAAUGACUUAUAAUGAAAUUUAGGUUUAAACUAAAGUUAACAUACAUAAAUUAUAUGUAAUCCAAAUUGGAUUCCUAGGACCUAGAAAUUAAGUAGCAAUUCUUUUAUAUACGGUAUUUACUUAUGUUCAGUUUUCUCUCUGUGGUCUAAGAAAUUUUUUUGUUUAUCAUUUUCUACCCGAAAGGAUUAUUUUUGGGUUUUCUAUAAUUUUUCAUUGAAUUGAACCAAAUCUACGAGAUACGUCAAAGUAUCUUCGUAUUGGUACCCAAAAUCUGAGGUAGCUUUUGAGCUGUGUCACAAAGUGUCCAGAUUGUCCUUUUUUCAGUUUUUAUUGUUUUUGUUAUAAAAACUGAUUCACUCAAUGGAUUUAUGGCAACAAAGCAACAUCUUCAUGUACUGUAAACUGGGGUAACUUUAGCCCAUGGGGGUAACUUUGCCCAGGGCCUGAAGUUGUGUUUAAAAUCCUACUACGGUGCUGCAGUUUUCACUGUAGCUAGCGGUGAAUUCACUGCAGAGUAUUUUAGGCCCUGGGCAAAGUUACCUCGGUGGGCCAAAUUUACCCCAGUUUAUGGUAUUCCAUAAGAAAACUAAGACACUGAUCUCUGUUGCACUUUCAAGUGGCAUUCUGUACAAUAUAUGCACAACCACAUCCUCCAGUACUCAAAAUCAAACCACUCAUCUUGAAUCUUAACAUUAUCCUCCUUCAAAACCUGUUGAGGAAUAGAUCCAUGUGGGAUACAUCAGGGUUCAUGGUGAUGGUGUCUAAAGGGGUUGAUUCAUUUUUGGCUGUGAUUUAGAAGAGUUACGAUAGUUCUGUAUGUGUUUAUCAAUGUUUCUUUGUAAUGUUCUCAUAGUAUCCCUAACAUUACUACUAUUAUCAAACAAGUACAAAUUUGGAUGUUGAUGUCAUUCUUCUGUAUUGUUUACUGUGUUGUUAUUCCUGUUAUUAUAUGUUUAAAAAUAAUUUGUCACUUUUACUAUGUAAACAUAUUCCAAAUGACUUUUGAUACCAUGUUAAUUAAGUGUGCAUUAAUCAAUAGUUAGUUUUGUCCAUAGUAUAACACAUUGUCUUGAUUAUUUUUGAUUAUUUGACUGUUUUACUUCUUUAUAGAUAUAUGUAGGAAACAAUAUGUUCCCAGAACUUCUAAGGGAAUGCUAAAUUCAGUCCUUUUUCUCAUCAAUCAUUUAAUGAGGACAUACAUUGUGUAAAUCAUGUGUCAUGUUCGUGGGUGGCCAGCCCCCUUUGGAGCAAAUCGGUAUACUAUCCAACAUGCAGGCCUGUCAGAGGCGUCGCCUGAGGACACGGAGCCGAAAGCGUGCAAACCCGAUAGGCUGCAUACAUUCGCUCCCAAGGAGCCUGGCCGCUCAACACCAUAAGCUCUUCCUAACUUUUCUCUCGAGGAAGGGCGACUCCUGUUAUACUCCCUUAUUGACAUUAAAACACAUUCUCUCCUCAAUAGACAAAUAAAUCUGUUGGUAGUAUAAAAAUGA